AUGGACGAAAUUUCGACUGAAAAAUAUUCAGCUCACACAUCUGGGCACGACUCUUCGUACCGAGAAACAUCUCGAAGAAUUCUUGGUGAAUCCUCCAGAUCAGAACUAAUGCAAAAUCAAGCUGUCGAAGGCAAAAAGGGGCUAUUAUCGAGAAGAGGCCACUCACGAACGAAAACAUUAUCUUCAAUCCAUCUUCCAACGGGAGUUCGAGACCUUACUCCCAGAGAUGGAUGGGGACUUGCCCGCAGAACAAUCCCUCGGGCAGACAGCUUUCAAGUGCUCGGCUCCAUCUUUUCUCGCAGCACCAAAAAGGAAAAAAAGGAUCAGCUAAUGGAAACAAACUCCAGUCUUUCGUCCAGCAAUUCCCUAAUGAUGGAAACAGCGUACACUGAAGCGUCGAAGGAUGUGAACGGAAGUCGCCAGAUUUUAAUCCCCAGGCCUAAUGGACUACGUAAUGUUAAAAGGGCAAUUCAAGAACAGCGUUCCUAUCUCGUGAAUAAAAGUCGCACCGAGCUGGUCUCAAAGCACUCUAAUUCGUCAUCCAUGUCUGCCUCCGUAGACCUAGACAUAAAUGAUACUAAAUAUGAAAAUCUUUACUUCGAAAAUUUCUCGUCAGAAUCAUUGGGAAUGAAGAUCUACGAUGAUUUUCAAUCGCCGCUCCUAGAAAAGAAUCUACACAUCCGAGAGAGAGCUGUCCUCAGAAAAAAACCGAAAAAUGAUGCAAUUCCAGGCUGGCCCGCAAAGACGAGAAGAGAAAUGAUGACAUGUCAACCGCCAUGGUCUCCACCAUCGUCCAACCCAAGUCCACGGGAGCAAUUAUCAAGCCGAGGAAACUCCCAGACAUCUCUUUCUUCAGAAAAUAGUAAAGGUUUCUAUUCAGAAAAUCCAUCCGAGGUUAUAUGGAAUAAUCCUUACCCAUUUGGCAUGCCAACUCCGCCAUCUCGAUCUGGUCAUCAAGAAUUUUUCUCACAGACUAGUUGUGACAGCCCAACUGCAUCUUACAAAAAACCUUGGCCAUUACCUAACUCGAUCCAUACCCCAGUUCAAGGUCAUGUGAAGCUUGCAAAGCAUGAGAAUUAUGGAUCUCUCUCUCAAAGACGAAACCAGGAAUCAAGAAGAUGUAGUCCAGCGCCCCAGAAUGAAGCGAGUAAUGCGGAAAGUAACGCGUUAGAAUCGCGAAACCAAAGGCAAGAAAGAGAAGUCGCGCAAACUCAAGAGCAGAUACCUUCACUUACAUCUGAAACGGAAUCAGAAUCAUGGGAAUCUGAUAUUGACUGGUGCUAUGAACACGAAGUUGAAGCUGACUGUGAUUAUCAGUGGGUCGAAGAUGGACAAACAAAUUCUCAAGACGAAUUGCCUCAAACCCCGGGAAAAUUUCAACCUGAUUAUCUCUCAGUUCCGAAUGAGGAAUUUGACUCGAUGAGUUUCAGCGCUUCACUUCUCUUGCCCAUGCAGCUGGAUGUUCCUUAUUUAUCAUCACUGUCGCUAGAAUCUUCAAUCUACCCUGAAUUAUCCAUAUCAACCCGAGAACAACACUCGCCUCAAUAUCUAAGAUCUCGAGCCGAUGAAUAUAAUGCACAUUCGAGUUACUUGACAUCAAAUAAUUGUAGAACACCAUGUGAACAGGCUGUCUUCCAGUAUGAAAGGCCUCGAAACAGAAUGUCUCCGCAGAUUUCCCCCCUAUACCCCUACAAUUCAUCAAGUUAUCACGGGAAGAAUAGAUCUAGCAGUGUACCUCUUAGCAACCAAUCUCUGUAUCAAACUACAACACGAAGCUCUUCCAUUGCAAAUAUUCCUUCGGAACGUUUUCGGAACGAAGCAUCUCUCGAAAACUUAUCCACCAAGGUGGAUGAGAUUCUACCCUUGUUUUCUCCCAAACAAACAUUUUUACCUACACCAAACACUGAACGUACUUUCUCUCCGGAACAUUCAGUUAGACCUACUUUUCAGGGUCAUCCCGCUAGUAAAUGGGAUUUGGGGGCCAUGGGAGACGGCGAACUUACUCAUAGUGUUGUUCUUACUCCGAUGACUCUGUGUGGCACCAGCUCAGAUGAGCCUAUGCUAGAAAAGCCUUCUAGACCUGGAUUGGCUCGACGAAAACACUCGAUGCCCCUGGAAUGUAAAUCACGAACAUCGUCUCUAGCACCAGCAAGAACGGGUAGGAGUUGUAGCUACGGACUGUUUCCACAGGUGUAA